AUGACAUCAAACAAAUCGGCGACUGAAAGAACGCUCUUUGUUUCGAUAUUCUCCUCACCUUCAGAUCUCCCAGCUUCAAAUCGCCCUCACAACACACCACCUGAGAUUCAAGAUAGUUUACAACUACUCAAUCUUAUCAUGGAACAGACCAACCAGGAAGAGACAUACAAGGAGGACUCUACGAUGGUUCAACAUCCACACACAGGUCUUGAACCCUUCUCCGUUUUCUCUCUCUUUUCCAGUAUUGGUCUUAAGGUAGCGCGCGCGACCACAAGAACAGAGAAAUUGAUUCUUCUGAGCAGGAUGGAUGAAAUGUCCUUUGCAAUCAGUACAUUAGCAAAGCUCUUUCCUUCGGCAUGUCAUCAACAGAUUCCCUGGGAAUUAGAGAACUCCUUGAGCAGAUUCAUAUGCUUGGUGAAGGGAGGCAGCAGGCAUUAUACCCUGCCUUCCCCAUACUUGUCAAGCCUUGGGGGAUCUGUUCAAGCACUUCAUUCAACCAUAGCCAGCAUCAAUAACAGUGGUUUCGGAUGGAGAUGGGCUUUGAGAGAUCUAUUAAAUAAACAGACUCCCGAUUCAUGUACUCCUGAACUUGCCACAAGGGUUCAUGUAGUAUACGAAGAAGCAUUGCAAGAAGUUGAUAUGGCGGCUUUCAUGUUGGAGACCAUGUGCGAGACCUGUGGGGAUGAGAUGGGAACUUUGAUUUGGAAGACUGUUGGAUAUGGAGUUGAGAACGAGGUGAAAAAGGCAAUUGAGGCAGAUCAGGUUGGUAUCCGAGCAGUUUCGACGUCAGCGGGGAUCAAGACCUACCAAGAGGGAAUGAGACGUGUCUGA